GAGCCGAGCGGCGGCGGAUGGGGCCGGCGGAGAGGCAUUAGGAAGGGAGACGUAGCAUGCCACACCAUUCUGGGCUGGAAGCCCGCUGUGCUUUUGCCCCCCGGACUCCAAGAAACCUGCUUCUUUUUUGGUGAAGCGGACCCUGAUCUCCUGUUUCUUUGCUGCAUGCCCGCUCACGAGUGCUGGAUUAUGUUUGUCUCCUUCUCCCUUUGCUCCAUAAUUUGGUUGAAUCGUGGUUUCAAGCUAAGGAAAAGGGGCUGCACCUAAGCGCGCCGGGGCACCCGGACCAGGCUCCUGAGGUGCUGGUUCAUGCAGAGACGUUCAGAGUGCUGAUGGGGGAGAGCUGCCUCUGAGAUCCCUCCUCUCCCACCCGAAACACGCUGCCUCACCGUUCAGAGCCCUUCUCCCCGCGGCAGAGAGAAUGGGCAGCACCGAUGGGUUCCAGUACCGCGCGCUCUACCCCUACCGCAAGGAGCGCGAGGAGGACAUUGAUCUGCUGCCUGGGGACAUCCUGGUGGUGAGCAAGGGGGCCCUGCAAGCCUUGGGCUUCAAAGACGGGGAUGAGCAGACCCCCAAUCAGAUCGGGUGGAUCCUGGGCGUCAACGAGCGGACCAAGCAGAAGGGUGACUUUCCCGGCACCUACGUAGAGUACGUGGGGCCUGUGAAGAUCUCCGUCCCUUCUCACCGGCCCCGAGUGCAGAGACCUCUGCCCGCAACGCCGGGGGCCAGCGGCUGCCGGCUGCAGGAGGCUCUGGAGCAAGGAUCUCCUCUCCCAGACUUGCAGGAGCAGUUCAGCCCUCCUGAGAUUGCACCGCCGCUGCUGGUGAAGCUGGUGGAAGCUAUUGAGAAGAAAGGGUUAGACAGCGAGAUGUUGUACAGGACAUCUGGCUCCGAACUGAGGCAAGCGCUGAGAACCGAUUGGACCCUGGGCGACCCGGAGCCCUUCGACGUGCACUCCCUGGGCGAGGCGCUGCGAGGCUACCUGCAGGACCUGCCCUCCCCCGUGGUGCCGGUGUCCGUGCACGGAGACAUCCUUCGUGUCCUGCAAGAGAUCCCCCAGCCGGAGAAUUGCCGGAAGCAGCUGCUGCUGGCCCUGGAGUCGCCUGCGGUCCCGCUCCAGAACACGCUCACCCUGCAGUUUCUGCUCCGGCAUCUGGGGAAGGUAUCGCAGCAGGCCGAGAGCAACAGCCUCCACCCUCGGGCCCUGGGAGAGAUCUUCGGCCCCCUUCUCCUCCGGCUGCCUGGCGCCAGCCCAGAGCUGAGCCCUGACUUCUCCGUGCUGUUUUUGGAGAUACUUCUGCAGACGAAGGAGUUGGAGCCAGAACAGUUGCCUCCAGCCUUGCCUCCAAAACCACCUAAGCCAAAGCCCAGUGCAGCCAGCUUGGCCAACGGGAACAGCGUGCCCUUGCAGGACGCCGAGUGGUACUGGGGUGACAUUUCUCGGGAGGAGGUGAACGAGAAGCUACGGGACACGCCGGAUGGUACCUUCUUGGUGCGCGAUGCCUCCAGCAAGAUCCAGGGAGAGUACACGCUCACGCUGAGGAAGGGAGGCAAUAACAAGCUGAUCAAGAUCUUUCACCGGGAAGGGAAGUACGGCUUCUCAGAGCCCCUGACUUUCGGCUCGGUGGUAGAGCUCAUCACCCAUUACCGGCACGAGUCGCUCGCCCAGUACAACGCCAAGCUGGACACCAGGCUCCUCUACCCCAUCUCCAAGUACCAGCAGGACCAAGUGGUGAAAGAGGACAGCGUGGAAGCCGUCGGGGAGCAGCUGAAGGUCUAUCACCAGCAGUAUCAGGACAAGAGCUGGGAGUACGACCUGCUGUACGAGGAGUACACGCGCACUUCCCAGGAGCUGCAGAUGAAGAGGACGGCAAUCGAGGCCUUCAACGAGACGAUCAAGAUCUUUGAGGAGCAGUGUCAGACGCAGGAGAAAUGCAGCAAGGAGUACAUCGAGCGCUUCCGUCGGGAGGGCAACGAGAAGGAGGUGCAACGGAUCCUCAUGAACUCGGAGAAGCUCAAGUCUCGCAUCACGGAGAUCCACGACAGCAAGAUGAAGCUGGAGCAGGACCUGAAGAAACAAGCCUCGGAGAACCGGGAGAUCGACAAGCGCAUGAACAGCCUCAAGCCAGACCUCAUGCAGCUGCGCAAACUGCGGGACCAGUAUUUGGUGUGGCUGACGCAGAAGGGUGCCCGGCAGAAGAAAAUCAACGAGUGGCUGGGCAUCAAGAACGAGACGGAGGACCAGUACUCCAUGAUGGAUGACGAGGAGGAGCUGCCCCACCACGAGGAACGAACGUGGUACGUGGGGAAGAUCAACCGCUUGCAGGCAGAAGAGAUGCUGUGCGGCAAGCGGGACGGUACCUUCCUGAUCCGCGAGAGCAGCCAGAAGGGAUGCUACGCCUGCUCCGUGGUGGUGGAUGGUGACACCAAGCACUGCGUGAUCUACAAAACGGCGACCGGCUACGGGUUUGCUGAACCCUACAACCUCUACGCCUCCCUCAAGGACCUGGUCUUGCACUACAAGCACACGUCCCUGGUGCAGCACAACGACUCCCUGAAUGUCACGCUGGCUCACCCGGUCCUUUCCCAGCCACCAGCCAGAUGAGCAGCCCGUGCACAACACAAAAGCUGCCUUCAGCUUCUCCCCAGGGCGCUGCUUUCUGGCUCUGGACUCUUGCACCCUGUAUAGUUGAGUCUCUGUGCUCCUGCCCCUCCAGAGCCUCUGAGAUGUCUGUGACCGUUCCUGAUGUCCCUUUUGGUCAGUAGCUGAAACCCGUGUUGGCUGAUGGGACAAAAAGGCUGGGCCGUUGAUUCCCAGUGGGCUCCAGCCUCUAGGAGGUGGGAUCCAGUUGUGAUUGAAUCGCUGGGGGCGAGCACAGCCCUUCCCCUUCCCCCAUAAGCAGGUCAGAUCCCCUUCUUGCUGGCAGGUCGCCCCGCUAUGCAUCACUGUAGAGCUUAGGUUCCCGAUUCCUCGGUGUGCUAUGGCGUCGGUCACCGCCCCGGCCGAGCGGCCACAAGCGCUGCUCUGAGCGAGGGGCUCUCUGCCUGGAUGCCGGAGGAAGCAGAGGAGGAGGCUCCGCUGAGCGGUUGAGUGCGUGCGUCCUCCACUCUCACUUCCCUCGGUGAUCUUGCAGGGUGCGGUGAUGUCUGGUACGAGGGGUGCUGCUCUUCUGUGCAGAGACUGAUUUAGAAAGGAGAAACCCCAUCCUCCGUGGGGCUUCUCGGCCGAGGUCUCUGCUCCAUGCCGUGCCCCACCUCACCAUCUUGUUCCCUGGUGUCCUAACCACCUCUUGAGUGUUGCUGGCUGGGGAGGGAGGAUCCGGUUAGCGAUUAGUCUCUCGCCUUAGUUGUGCCAACUAAGCUGUGAAAUCCAUGUUUGGUACCCGUGUUUUUCCCGGCAGAAUCUAUGGGAUGCACAGCUCGUUGUUUCCGGCUGUCUUCGGUGAAUCUCUGCAAACGUAACCCGUUGAAGCUAACUGUAGCUCUGUAAAUAUGGUUCUUUUUGUAAUCGGCUGCUUACCUAGUACUGGUGUUUGCUGAACUCCCACUACAAUAUGCAAGCGCGUGGGCAGCAGCUGGCCAGGCUGUUGCAGACUCGGGUCCUGCCAGCUGAAGCAGGAGGGGGCCGGAGUCCGAUGCACACUACGAGCCCUACACAAAAUGAAGGACCUCUCUGCUGCAGGAGGACGGUAUCUCCACUGGGCCAAGGGCCUUAGCGCAUAGAAAUGUAUAUGCAUGAUGUCGAACUAUGUAUGCAAAGCACUUAUAAUCAUGAGUACUGUAUGGGGACUUGGGGAGAAAGAGCUGGGGGUUGCUGUAGUGCUGCCCGUCGUAGCUGGCUGGUGCAGGCAGGGAUUUGUUGUGUCCGAGUUCCGAGGGCUCGAGGGCAACGGAGGUGGCCGUGGAAGAGCUUUAAAAGCUGGACCUGGGCUGAGAGUUGAGGCCGUGGUGGCAUUUGUUUUACUGGGUUAUCCUGUCUGCCUGGCUUGAAGAAAGCAUUAAUCGUCCUCUUGAUUUGCCAGAGGGGCUCUUUCCCUUUUGGGGGCUGCGUCCUCGGGACGGGCUGGUGGAUGCCGUAGGCUUUGCUGCUUCUGUUUUGUGUUGCGACUCGGGCUCCGCCGGAUCUGCGGGGUGCUGCGUGUUCAUGCUCUGCCUGCCUCCUGUCCUCGACGUGCCGUCUGCGUCGGGGACCGUGCUGUCCCUCCUUUCCCCGGUCAGCUCUGCUGCUUGCCUUGCUCCGGGCUCAUCUCCAGAUCCUUUUGGAUCUGGGAUUGCUAGAGCAAACGUCCCAUUCCCGUUGCUUGCGGCAGCGCUCCUAUGCUUGACUGUACAGACCCCAUUCCCUGCUCUGCAUGCCCUCUCCGGGCCCUGGGCCGUGUUUUUUGGUUCUGGUUUGUCAGUGUUUGGUGCUCUGAGGAUGCAGGACAGCAGUGCUGUCCCUGACCCACCGCAGCCUGGGCGUGCGCUCGGGUGCCGCAGUGCCACGGAAGGGGCAGGCGGUGGGUCGGUCGGGGGAGCUGCGGGGCGCACAGCCCAGGAGAGGUUGCGUUUGGCUUUGGGGAUUACUUGGGAAAAGCUGUCAGGGAUAAUUAAAGGAAUAGUUUGGGCUGAGACAUGUGAGAGAUGAGAGCACUUGGGAAUGGGGCAGGGAGGCCCGGUGCUCAUAGCCCUCUCUGCAGAAGCCUCCCGGGGUCUGUGGGGUGGCCGGGGGGGGCCGUGCCAACACCCCAAAGCUUUCUAGCAGGCUCCCGCACCGGUUGCGGUGGCACAUUUUCAGCCUGGGGACUCUGUGCUGGUCCUGCCCCGGUCCUGCGCUCGUCCCUGCGCUUCCAGCACCUCCUUGCACCGCAGGGCAGGCUGCAGGCGGAUGGGAUCCUCCAGCCGCUUGCCCCACGGGGUCCACGUCCCCCCACCACCCCACCAACGUGAGCUCAGGGCCGGUCCUGCCGGGGGGUUUUGCUCCCAGCUCAUGCCAGGGCCUGCUGAGCAUCUGGGAGAGUCUCAGCUUCAAGCCGUCGCCUGUCGACACUUCGCUUGGUGCUCGCCCCGGCUCUGCUAGCCGGGGAAAUUCCAGCUUCUUUUGACGGUGGUUUUUUUUUUUUAUCCUUUCGGCUGAAAUUUCUGCUGUUCUCCCUGCCACCUGGCCGAAGCCUUUUCCUCCCCACGAGCGUGGGUAGCUCAGCGUGAGCACGGCGGGGGCGGUCACAGUCACCCCUCUGCAUCUUCCAGCACCGCCGUUCCUGCCCGCUGGCACCCAUCACCGUGGCCCAUCCCCAACGGGGCUCUGCUCGCAAGUCCUGUGUACAAUGAGGAGGAAAAUGCCCUUCCCCAGGGCUGCCUUUCCCUGACGGUGCUUGACUUGGCUCCCUGAAACGCAGCUUUUCCCUCGGCUCCCCCUGGGAUGGAAGCCCAAGCCCUGAGCUCCCUGCCCGCAGCGCAGCUCCCCCAGAAUAAGCUAGUUGUGAUUUGUCCUUUGAUGCUUUCGCUCGUGCUGUUCACGCCGCCGGAUGAACCCGGUAGCGGUGUGUUUCGAGACCCUGGGCUGUGCUUUGCUGCUUGUGACCUU